AUGACUUGGACUUCAAAACUUCGCUGUUUCUUUCUUCUAUGGGUUCUCAACUUUAAUAUCAUCCUGGCUUCCUUGGAGUCGGAGGUACCUGCACAAUCCGAUGUCAAGGACCACGAAGAACAUGGUAACGAAGAUUAUAGUCUGGAGGGGGGUGGAAGCUUUGAUCAAAUUUUCAAGAUUCAACAGACAUAUUUAACAGUACAAGUAGACGAACUGAAUUCCACGAACACCCCACGAGCGAAGGAUGAAAAAAGACGACUCCUUAAAGAACUAUCCCGUGCCCACGGAAAAUGGGGAGAUCAACACCCGCGAAAGAAGCUGCUGGAUGCUUUGUUCUCGUAUAGUCGGUACUUUGAGAGGAACGUUCCUGAUGUGAAUCGAUGGCGACAAUUAUACAACCACGUAUCUUCGAAGCAUAAGCGGCUAUUAGACCGAACGGUAUCAUACAGCAAAAAGUUCGACAGGGCUGAAAGCCUCUUACGACAGAACCACUUUCUUUGCGAAGACGUUGUGAAUGAAGCACUCAGUUACUACGAGAUCGGACGGGAGGAAUUACGGAAACACAUCGCGGAUGCUGAGAAAGCUGGAAUCGUAGCCGAUAAAAUGAGUGUUUCUCAAUCUCUAAAGCACAUCGGUCGCGACUGGACCGAUGAUGGUGUUAACGAGAGGGAUGGUGCAUUCCCUUGCAUUUUGGAUUCGAUAAAAAGUUUAUUUCCUGACCGACAGAGCUCGAGGUAUAAAGUUUUAUUACCGGGCUCUGGGUUGGGUAGAUUGGGUUAUGAGGUGGCCGCGCUCGGGGGAUUCGAAGUCACAAACAAUGAGGUGUCGGCAUACAUGAAUAUCAUGUACCGGUUCAUUGGAACCCAAGGCAAAAGAGAUGCCUUUCAAGUUUAUCCCUUCGUGGAUGGCUGGUCGCAUCAUGUUACUCAGGAUGACAUGUUUUAUCAACUUUCAUUCCCUUCAAUGACCAUGAACAACUCAAAUGUUAUCUUGGUCGAAGGCGAUUUUACAACUGUUUUCAAAGAUUCUAAGGAUAAGUUUGAUGUUAUCAUUACACACUUCUUUAUCGACACUGCAAGGAACCUAAUGAGUUACUUCGAGACCAUCUCGUCUUUACUUGCACCAGGUGGUUAUUGGAUCAAUUUUGGUCCUUUGUUAUAUGGGACCGGGCCUUGGGUUCAACUUACACUUGAUGAAAUCUUGACUGUGACGGAAGACAUGGGAUUUCAAUUCGUGGACGGGCCGGAGAGUUGCGGUUCUCUUACGUUCCCAGAUAAGAAAGUAAGGAAUAGGGAAGCGGCUUAUGGCUACUCACCGAGAGCAUUGACGAAGAAUGCAUACCACGCACAAUCAUGGAUCGCUAGACGAUGA